AUGGCAACCGAUGUGUACCAAAAGGUUUUGCCUCUCACCUUUGCUGUUGUGGACAAGCAGUCAAGGCCUAGUUGGGGGUGGUUUUUAGAGUGUCUCAGGAGUUCAAUAGGGCAUGUGAUACCUGACGAGGGCAUUUGCAUUAUUUCUGACCGACAUAAAGGUAUCAAAUGUGCCAUUACAGAGUGGCCUAGACAAGAUGACGGAAGCCCACAGGUAUUUCACCAAUAUUGCCUUCGACAUGUUGCUAGCAACUUCAACACACACUUGGAUGACCCGACUCUAAAGGCAUUGGCCUUGAAAGCUGGAUAUGGGACUCAUGAAACUAAAUUUAAGUCCAUAAUGCAAACCAUUAAGGAUGUUAAGAUUAAUGUACUGAGGGGUGUAGAACCUGAUGAUUCUAAUAUUACACGCUAUAUGCCAUACACAUAUUUAAUGAGUUUGGAUCUGAACAAAUGGACCCAGGCACAUGAUGAUGGAAGACGUUACGAGGCAAUGACAACCAAUAUCUCUGAGUGCUUUAAUGGGGUACUUAAAGGUACCCGUGGUUUGCCCAUUGCUGCAAUAGUUGAGUUCACUUGGUGCAAACUUGUUGCAUAUUUCCACGAUCGACAUAAAAAAAUUACUUCUGAUCUUUCUCAAGGUAAGGUCUGGAGUGAUUAUGCAAUGGGGAUCUAUACCAAAAAUGAGCAGAAAAUUUCAGGAUACACUCUGAGGAAUUUUAAUCAUAAACUUGGUGUAUAUCACGUGGUUACCCCAUACAACGACCAUAGAGGUGGAAAGGGAAACCACAGUCAUGAGGUGCUCGUAUUUGCUAGAACAUGUAGUUGUAGAAAGUGGCAAAACAUUAAGAUCCCUUGUUCACAUGCAAUUAAAGUUCUCCAAGGUCUAUACCUCAAUGCCACCAGCUAUAUUGACCCAUGUUAUGGUUUGGAGAACGCCAUUCACACAUAUACACAUCAAUUUUUGGUGCCAAAGUCAAAGUCAUUGUGGAGGGACGUUCGCGAACCACGGUGGGUGCUUGACCCACAGCUGUUGCGGGGCAAAGGUCGUCCUGUGAAGUCAAGAAUAAGGAAUGAAAUGGAUGGGCUACAGCGAGAACCGGGAAGCCGGAGGGAAGAUCCGCACUUGAGGGAGAUUCAACUGAGGUAG